GCCUUUAGCAGGCUGCAGGUGAACGCACCGGAGUUGAAGACACCCGCAGCCCGAUGUGUGAACCGCGUCAGACCGCAAACCACUUCAGAUGGUCUUCACUCUUCAACAUGGGCUUCUAAGUGAGAUGUGGAUUUUCUCAACGUUAUUUUAAGAGGUAGCCUAAUUUGAGGAUUUUAACGCGUCUUUGAUCAAACUUCCUCUGAGUUUCUUCACGCUACAAAAUGCUUUUUCUCAAGAAAACAGACGGAACUUUAUCACUAUCGAUUACAUUUAUAUGAUUUGACGUUUUAAUGUGUUUCACUGUGUAAAUAGGAUCAAAUUUCACCUGCUUCCAUUCUGUUUUACGCGAGUUUUUGCGUAAAGUGCGCACCGGAGCGCUCUGGAGCAGCACAGUAGAGUCCGGUAGAGUCUUGAGUCGAGUCUCCAUGGCACUAUGAUGAGACCACAGUGUGAGGACCAGAGUCCGGCUCGGUAUACAUGAGAGCCCGGUGGCCGCGUUGCUGUGGCUCGGACCGGGACGGAGCGGAGGAGCCGCGGCGGAGAUGGCAGCCAACCUGAGCGUGGCGGCGGAGGCGGAGGCGCCGCUCCCAGACUCGGCCGCGGCGACGCGAUACAACUGGCCGGCCCUGGUGUUCGGGGUGCUGCUGAUAGUGGUGAUCAUCUGCGGGAACCUGCUGGUGUGUCUGAGCGUGUUCACCGAGAAGGCGCUGAAGACCACCACUAACUACUUCAUCGUCAGUCUGGCGGUGGCGGAUCUGAUGCUCGCGGUGCUCGUGCUGCCGCUCUUCGUCUUCUCAGAGUUUCAGGACGGCGUGUGGACCCUCAGCACCACCAUCUGUGACGGUCUGAUGACCAUGGAUGUGAUGCUGUGCACCGCCUCCAUCUUCAACCUCUGCGCCAUCAGCAUCGACAGGUUCAUCGCUGUGUUGAUCCCUCUCAACUACAACAGGAAGCACGUGGACCUGCGGCAGACAAUGCUGCUGUCGGCCACCUGGAUCCUGGCCCUGGCCGUGGCCUCGCCCGUCAUGUUCGGCAUCAAUAAUGUGCCUGGUCGCGACCCUGGUGAGUGCAAACUGGAGAACGACAACUACGUCCUCUACUCGUCUGUGUGCUCCUUCUUCAUCCCCUGUCCCAUUAUGCUGCUGCUGUACUGCGGCAUGUUUCGUGGCCUGCGGCGCUGGGAGGAGGCGCGUAAAGCCAAGCUGAGGAACAGCAUCCAGGCGUGUCGCAAGCUGCAGGAGGCCGCCGCCUCGCUGCCGCCACUGGCUUCCCUGCCGCCGCCGCUGCCACCCAUCAUAGAGCGGGAACUGACAGAUACUCCGGAUGAACCGUCCACCUUCCCGUCCACGGAUCGGCCCUUCCACUCAGAGUACAAAGACGGACCCGUGCGGACGGUGAGCUUUGCGGAGAUCAGGUUCAACCCUGACCCUCACAGGAGGAAGAGGGCCAAGAUCAACAGUCGGGAGAGGAAGGCCAUGAAGGUGCUUCCUGUUGUUGUGGGUGCCUUCCUGUUCUGCUGGACUCCUUUCUUUGUCCUGCACACAAUGCGAGCUCGCUGUCAGGACUGCCACGUCCCACCAGCCCUGAUGAGCGUGGUGACGUGGCUCGGGUACGUCAACAGUGCUCUGAACCCCGUCAUCUAUACUGUCUUCAACACAGAGUUUAGGAACUUCUUCAAAAAGUUUCUGCACCGCUGCUGCUCCUAGAACUGCACCGCUACCGCUGCAUGGACGAUUUCUAAACGUACAACAGCUGCAAUAGUCGCUAAUGACUGUUGGAUUUAGUGUCUUUAGUCUGUGAAUGUUGCCAUUGUUUCCUUCCUCUGUGAGGUUUUUAAUUUUUUUUUUUUUUACAUGCAACGACAGCAAAGUUUGUUUGAGCUUCAAGUUUCCUGUUAAGAAGCUUCAGUCUGAGGAACAAACUGUACAUAGGAUCA